GUAAAUCUCUCCCUCUCUUUCUCUCUAACACAGACCUCACGGUAGUCCUGCAUCAGCCAGUCAGUAAUGACCCUUUAUAGCAUAGCUUUGUAGAGAUUGGUCCUGCCUGCAAGCGGCUUUUUGGCCAAAGGCUGGUAAAACAUCAUAAGGAGGAGAUUAUAACAUAGAGCCUAUGGAGAAAUAAGGAAUUCGCGCAACGAGUUUCUAAAAGAAGAGGACAAUAAGCAGUCAAUAAGCGCCUCUGUGACUUUAUAAUGCAAUGAAGCGGGAUAGUAAUAAUAUCAGAGGAGGAGGAGUUCGGGCAGAACUGAGCGGCCUCACGGGUCACUGAAGAGCUGCGCGCAGUCCGCUGCUCCGCGCGCUACUUUCCGUCAGACGCCGCCGGGAAGCCGACGCCGCGAGCCAUGCGAGCGUAAGCCGGCGAACGGGGAAACGGGUAAGCGCGGCCGCCUGACGCUGCGGCAUCCGCGGAGGACGCGCGCGUGUGCGUAGGAGCGCGUUCGGCCGUGUGCGCGCGUGGGUGUGCUUGCGUGCGCCACUAUGAGUCUGGUGUCGGGCUUCCCUCACCACCCGAUCAUGCACCACCACGAAAGCCACCACUACUCCCUGCACGCCGCCGCCGCCGCCGCCGGUCGGUGUCACGAGGACACCGGGGCUCCCCCCUACUUCACCAGUUGGCUCAUCAGCCACGCGGACAUGUCCCCCACCGACUACAGCCUCACGCCCGGCUACAGCCCGGAGCACCAUGGCAACAGCAGCGGCGGAUCCACGGGCGUGUUAGACCACCACCACCAUCACCACCACCACCACUAUGGACACGGCGGCUUGGUCACCGGGGCCGCCACCAUUUCCGUGAACGGACUUAACGUGGGCAUUCACCACCACACGCACCCCCGGACUAAGCGGAGACCCACGGCGAACCGCAAGGAGCGGCGGCGGACUCAGAGCAUCAACUCGGCCUUCGCGGAGCUGAGGGAGUGCAUCCCCAACGUGCCGGCCGACACCAAGCUGUCCAAGAUCAAGACCCUGCGCCUGGCCACGAGCUACAUCUCCUACCUGAUGGACAUCCUGGACAAGGACGGGCAGCACGGCGACACGCAGGCGUUCAAGGCCGAGCUGAAAAAGACGGAGGCCCGGGAGGAGCGGCGAAAACGAGAGGCGGUGACGAUUCCUAAAACAACGUCAUCGUCGUCCUCGUCGUCGUCCUCCACAGCCAGCGAAAAGAAGGGCAAAGGACGAACAGGAUGGCCCCAACAUGUCUGGGCUCUAGAACUCAAACAGUAGAGCCUCAAGGACUCCUGCGCGCAGAGAGAACUCAUUCUCCCCGCGUUUAGACUCCGAGGAGGCGACGGUGCAGCAACGACGCGCACCGGCGAUCUGCAACUGCAAGAAGACUGUACACGAUCUUUCUCAACUUCACUCAUCACUUACCCCAGAACGGCCAGUGCUGUAUAUGACCAUAGGUCCCAGCCCUUAUCAGCUCUGUUUGCGCAUCAUAAAACGUUAUUUAUUUAUUGCUAGUUUGCUCACUGCAUGGCAUUCCCGUAACAACAUAAUAUCCCGUUUUGUCUUCUGACUAUACGUUAAAUGCGUUUUAAUUCAACCGCUCUCCCUAAAAGUAGAGUAUUAAGAUUAUUUAAUUUUUUAAGCUAAUAAUUACACAUAAGGUAGAGGGGAUUGUCGGGGCAAACUGCACAAUUAAGCAGGAAUAAAGAAAAAACGCCAGCUUCAGUGGGGUUCAAGUGAAGGUUGUUCACCUUCACCUCAAUAGUAAACCAAUUAAAACUUUAAUUUGUGUUGUGUAAUCACUUUGUGUAAUUAUUUCAAGGAAGCUGAAAUAAUGGACAAUUAUCAAGAAAUCUUAUUACAUUUUGUGAAACUACUGUAGCAGCAGACACACUGAGUCUGAUUUUAAUUAAAAUACCCUCUAAAUAAUCAAAGUAGUUAAGUUUACUUAAAUGAAAUAUUCUGAAUGUUCUUUAAUAAUAAUCUUUCCACAACAUAUCAGUUAAAAAAUGCAGUUCCAGUGUGUGGUUCAAUUUGUCACGUUUCCAUCUUGAGUCAUGCACAUUACAGCCACAACCUAAAAACAACGUUGUGGUGGAAAAGAUUAAGCAUGGAAAAAUACUACACCAUAGAUAUUCUGACCAGUUUGCAGAGCAUCCUGAGUAUCCUUUGUCCACAAAACAAUAAAAGCACUAAUUUUGUUGUUUUAGCUGAUUUAUAAAAAGCCAGUGGUGAAAUCACCUGCAUUCAACCAGCGUGUCUGUACACAUCUCAGUUUGUUCUAACUGUGCAUGAUCCAGGGCAGAACGCGCUUGUUUCACAUCAAGAACGACCAGGGUUUGAUUUCACAGACUCCAGUCAGGUUAAUUAAAGACUCCAAAUCCCAGUAUAGUGUACGUGCGAGUGAGUGGUCUUGUUCUGUAUGUUGCAUGUGGUCGCGUGAUGGACUGGUGACCUGUCCAAGCUGCAGACCUUCACAAGAGUGUCCUCGACCCUUUCAAAGAUAGUGGUUCAGAAGAUGAGUACGUAUAAGACUUCCACUCAACCUCCAAAGGUUAAAAUAAAUACAUCAUUGAGCCACAAGAGGAUGGAAUGUUGUUACAUAGUAUGGUGCACAGCAGGCUUGCAGUGACCUCUAGUUUAACAAGUAGGAAGAACUUCAGUAACAGUCAAUAACCCAGUUUUCUAAAGCCGCCCAAAAGUCCCUUUCCUCUGUGUUUCUAUUAACCAAUUGUGAGAGAUGAUGGUUUGGAGAAAUGGGUGUUGAAUUUCCUAACUGACAAACUACUGUACAGAAUAUUUCAAGCUUUUUCUCUCUUCCUCUCUCUUUUGUUCCUUUUUCCAAUUUUGAGAUAUAAAUGUGAUGUCAUGGUGAGACCUUCUAUGUUGUGGUGUGGUGUGAUGGGAGGCUAAAUAGUGCUGAAUAGGAUGUAAUCUAUGUUGUUAUUUUAAUAAACCACCACCUGGCAACAUGGUAACUGACACAAUGUGAACUGCUU